AAGCAACUCCAACUCUUUCUUCCCUUCUUUCUCUGAUCUCUCACGAGCAACCAAGCCUUUUGUUAAUGGAGUUGAUCGAUACUGUUCUGGACAGACAACCUCAAGAAGAAGAAAUUAUGCAGAAACAGAAGCAGGGGGAGGAGGAGGAAGAAGAAGAAGAAGAAGAACGACGUCGUUUCCAUGUUUUGGCUGUCGAUGACAGCGUGAUCGACAGGAAGUUAUUGGAGAAGCUCCUCAAAGCUUUUUCAUGCCAAGUGACGUGCUUGGAGUCUGGGGAAAAAGCGUUGGAAUAUCUAGGGUUGCUUCAUAACUCAACAACAGCUGCUUCGUCUUCGCAACAACAUCAGGCACUUAACGUCAACUUAAUCAUGACAGACUUUUCCAUGCCAGGAACGAGCGGCUAUGAUUUACUCAAACGCGUCAAGGGAUCUUCUUGGAAAGAUGUGCCAGUGGUGGUGAUGUCAUCAGAGAAUGUACCUUCAAGAAUUAGCAUGUGCCUAGAAGGAGGAGCAGAAGAAUUCAUGUUAAAGCCUCUUCAAUUAUCAGACCUACACAAAAUCCAAGCUCACCUUCUCAAAUCCCUUCCUCAUCCUUAGUUCAACCAUCCACCACGACGAUGACGACGUCAAACAUAAUAUUAGAAGAAUGACAAUGGUUAACGUCUAUAACUUUAGCAAGAGAUAAUGGCCUAAUAUAUCUUCUGACGCUAGUUAAAGAAGAGACCAGAAAUGAAACGACUAGCAGUAGUAGUAUGAAAGUGUACAACGUACUUUGUUAGGGGAACUAGUAGUAUGAAAGUGUACAACGUACUUUGUUAGGGGAACUAGUAGUAUGAAAGUGUACAACGUACUUUGUUAGGGGAACUAUCUCCUUGGUUAACGCAAAUAUUCAAAUCCACGUGUAUUAGAUUUU